CAGGUAAUGUACAUACAUACAUAGGUGUCGUUAUCGCCCUCGGCUUGCAAUUUAUAUUAGCAAAACAUUGUAAAACAGACGUUCCGGAGUUUUCUUUUCUUACCCACCAGAGUGCAUUGGAUUAUGUUGAGAGCAAUGACAGUGUAACCGCGCACUCGGACCCGCCUGCCCUCGCCAUGCUCCUGCGUCUGCCUUUGCUGCUGGUGGCGCGUUAUUUGCACAACGGAAGACUUCGAUUGCUGUUCGUGGCACUGAUUGUUAUGCUGAUAGGUGGCAUUGCCCUCACAUACAAUUGGCAAAAUGAUUUGCAGCAGUGCUUCAUGGACAUCGAAGAGGCAAUACAGUCGACAGUGUCUAAUGCAGAUGCAGAUCCGCUGGCACCCAUCCGCCUAGAGGAUGUUCUGCAGGCGGAGCCCAGGCCCACGCCUGGACGGAGCAUAUUCUUUCACGAAACCAGUUGCCACCAGGCCGAGAACAAAAAGUACAAAUUGCUGGAGCUAACCGCCCGUCAAGCCUGCGCAAUCGAAUCUGCUGCAUUGCAUAAUCCGAAUUUCCAGGUGUUCGUCUUGUUCGCCGGUCCCACCUACCGACCUUCACCCAAGGGGCGAAAUAACAGCAACCAGCAGCCGCUUGUCGAUGCCAUUUUAAGCUAUAGCAAUGUCCAUUUGAGGAAUCUGAAUCUCUGGCGCUACGCUGCGGGCACACCCAUCGAGGAAUGGCUCAAGGACGGUAGUCUGUUUCGUUCGCGAUAUUUGUUUUCCCACAUCUCUGAUUUCCUGCGUUACUUGACACUGUAUCGCUAUGGUGGCCUGUAUCUGGACAUGGAUGUGGUCGUGCUGCAGAAAAUGGAGGAUGUGCCACCCAAUUACACAGGAGCCGAGUCCAAUACUCACCUUGCCGCUGGCGUCAUGAGCUUAGCUGCCACUGGCUUUGGCCAUGAGAUUGCCGAGUCCUGUUUGCGCGACUUUCAACACAAUUUCGCAGGCAAAGAUUGGGGAAACAAUGGCCCAGGCGUGAUAACACGCGUGGCCCAGCAGAUUUGUGGCACCAAGGAUAUCACCCUGAUGCAGGAGGAUAGCAAACGCUGCUUAGGCUUCAAGGUGUAUGGGCGAGGAGCCUUCUACGCUGUGCCGUGGAAGCAGUGGCGGGACUUCUUCGAGCCCGAAAAACUGGAGGAGACCAUGGGCCGCACCAAAGACUCGUAUGUGGUGCAUGUAUGGAACAAGCACUCGAAUCAGCUACCGAUCAAGGUUGGCUCAAACAACGCCUAUGCCAAAUAUGCCGAACAAAAUUGCCCGCGAGCCUAUCGUGCGGCGGGCGAAUACUUCUAGAAGUAUUAUCUAAAAAGUUCUCUUCAUUUAAGUCUUUUGUAUAUGGAUAUUUCCCGCUGAAGUCCAAAGAAUUAUCGCCCAGCGAGUCAUCGUUUAUAGGUUUUAUGUGUUGCUAAUUUUUUUAUUUCUUACUAUGUCUACUUAUUAUUAUGUUGGCAAACCACGCAUUCCGAUAUAACAAACAAACACAUACAUGUUGUGUGUAUGGUAUGAUUGUAAAGAACGGCUAUGGCUAUUCAGAUACAUACUAACUCACAUUUA